AUGCGCUGUCGCUCCUCACCGUUGCAACCACCGCACUACCGUGAGCCUUGCCAUCUCGCCGCGCCGUCGAGACCUCCAUCGCACCACCAUCUUCAAAUCGUGGAUCUCUUCAAGAUCUCGGUUGGUUAUGGUAUAUUUACAGAUUUUCGGUCCAACUCUUAUCUUGAAGUCCUGGGUUCUUGUAGAGGGUUUCUACUUUUAGCCACUCGCCUAGGUAGUAGUUUCACUGUGUGUAAUCCAUCAACGGGUGAGCAUAGACGAAUUCCAUCAACUAGUAGUUUUAGUUAUUCUGCUUCUUCUCUGAAUGGUAUUGGGUAUGAUGAAUCAACCGAUGACUACUUGUUAGUUUCCAUAAAAUCGUAUGGCUGUAAUCGUACAAUUAAGUUGUUUUCUUUGAAAACCAAUUUACCCCGCUCGCUCACACUGGAUCUUGAAUAUCGCUAUCUCGAUUGUAGUCGUCGAAGCGAUUUGUUCUUACAUGGGUCUCUUCAUUGGUUGGUUACGUCUGGUGCUACAAAGCUUCCUGUAGUUCUUGCUUUUAAUUUGGUAGGGAGGUGUUUAUCGGAGAUUGCUCUGUCACCUGAUUUAGCUCUGGAAUUGAAGAAUGAACCAUGUGAUUUAAGAGAGAUGGCAGGAUGUCUUGGUUUGUGUCCUGGUCUGUGUUACACUGCUUAUAGUGGCAUGAUUGAAAUAUGGAUAAUAAAAGAGUAUAAAGUGCAAUCAUCUUGGACUAAGAUUGUUUUCUCUACUCAUGACAUCCAUACCACACCCCGCUUUUUUCCAAUAUGUUUCACUAAAUGUGGUGACAUUUUUGGAUCAGAUGAGAAUGGAAGAUUAUUGAGAUUCAACGAUAAAGGAAAGCUGCUUGCAGUUUGGCCGUGGGAGAGCAAAUAUCGUCUAUUAUAUAGUCUCCCUGAUUCUCCUGAGGCUCUCUUGGUAAUAGCCACCCCAAUGAAAUUUCCUCAUUCAGCAUAUCCAGCAGGCGAUGAUAAUCUGGACCUAAUGUCUGCUCUCUUUGUCCUAAUCCAGCAGGCGAUGAUAAUCUGAACUUGUUGUGAUGUUUGACCUAAGUUCUGCUCUUUUUGUCUUAGAUAAUGACAUUUUAGAUGUUAAAUAUUAAAACUUUUCAAUUGUAUGUAAGGGAUUUGAUGUGCGUUUGAAGGAGAAAUCAGUGAUGGUUGUUAGCAUGUACCUCUAUAUUCAAUUUUACUUUUAGACAAUGCUAAUUGGUCCCAAAAUUCUAUCGUUUUCAUUUGAAUUUCUUUUUUCCGUAUGAGUUCCCUGAUGUAGGAAGGCCUUUGUAAUCCUCCACUUCUGGUUUGUGCUUUUGCCUUUUCAAGUUGCCACUUGAAUUGAAAAGGUUUGAAAAAUAAGUUUCUAUUGUCACAAGCCUUCAAAUUAAACCAAAUGAUAUGUUGAA